AUGUGGACCAGCUACAUUCGCUCACCUACGGUCACUGUCUGUGUUGGCAUCAAGAAGGAAGAGUUCUGUGUCCACAAGGAAUUGAUCUGUACCAAAUCCACCUUUUUCGAUAAAGCACUCAACGGAUCUUUUUUGGAAGCAAGUACACGUCUUGUCCGUCUUGAACACAUCUCUGCGCCUCUGUUCUCUAUCUUCGUCUCCUGGCUGUACAGUGGUCGCCUCGUCUAUGUCAAUCCUCCCGGAAGCGACACAACCAUAGCGGAAGACUUCUUUCCACUCCUGUUUGGCAAUCUCCAACACAUGGCCUCCAGUGAUAACAACCCAACAAGUCAAGAUCCCGUCUUGCUAGACAUCGAUGAAGAGGAUGCAAGCACAUGGCCUCUCGAUGUUAUGGCAAAACUUUACAUCCUUGGAGACUACCUCGGGGUGCAGCAAUUCAACAAUCAUGUCAUCAGUUCCAUUGACGGACCCUCGACCUGGAACCGUGGCUUGAACGACGCCGACGUACCAACAAGACCUCUCAUCCGCUUCGUCUAUAACAACACACCUCCCAAGUCUCCUCUGAGGGAUCUCAUAGUCGAUCUGGUGGUGUACGGACAGAUCUGGUGGGAGUCAAAUGAAACUUGGGAAGAUCUUCCCGCAGAGUUUCUGGCUAAGGUCAUGGUUUCUCUGGGCAGAAGACUGCCACCAAAGCAGUGCCGUGGCUGCUAUUCGCGAGCCAGUACCAGAAACGGCCUGUCAGAGGUCGAUGCGGAUCGUGUUUAUCUGACGGCAGAUGACAUGCCUCAGUUCGGGGAUAACACAUGCUUCUACCACGAGCAUGAAACUGAACAAGAGCGUGAGAAGUGUCGUCAGGAGGAGUGCUAA